AAAUAAAAAGAGAGAAAGAGAUAAGAGAGUCUGUGUAAUCCUCUCAAUAGACAACACAAAAGAUACAAAGAAGAAGAAGAAGAGAUUUUUAUUAUGGUACCCGUUAGAAAAUCUACAAAGAGAGUUUUCUCCGGCGACUUUACUCCGUCGAGAAAACGCCGACGAUGUCUUCCUCUAUCUGUUUCUCCGGCGCCGGAAAGUGUUGUUGUUGUUGGUGGUGCCGAUUUGCUAGAUUCGAUCCCUGAUGAUCUUGUUGUUUCUAUCCUUUGUAAACUUGGUUCUACUUCACGAUGUCCUGCUGAUUUCAUCAACGUUUUGAUGACAUGUAAGAGAUUAAACGGAUUAGCUAUGAACCCUCUUGUGUUGUCGAGGUUGUCUCCUAAAGCUAUUGCUGUUAAAGCUCAUAAUUGGUCGGAAUAUUCUCACCGGUUUUUGAAACGGUGUGUCGACGCCGGAAGUCUCGAAGCUUCUUACACUCUAGGAAUGAUUCGUUUUUAUUGUUUACAAAACAGAGGAAACGGCGCGUCGUUGAUGGCAAAAGCCGCGAUUAGUUCUCACGCGCCGGCGUUGUAUUCGUUAGCCGUGAUUCAGUUCAACGGGAGCGGUGGUUCAAAGAACGAUAAAGAUCUUAGAGCCGGUGUGGCUUUAUGUGCGCGUGCGGCUUUUCUUGGUCACGUCGAUGCGUUACGUGAGCUUGGUCACUGUCUUCAAGAUGGUUAUGGUGUUCCUCAAAACGUGUCGGAAGGUCGUAGGUUUCUCGUUCAAGCCAACGCACGUGAACUCGCCGCUGUUUUGUCUUCCGGGAUGCAAGCUAGGUCAACGUGGCUAACUCUGUCGCAGCCACCUCCUGUUCCUAGCCAUGGACAAGGAUGUCCUCUGCUUAGCGAUUUCGGGUGUAAUGUACCGGCACCGGAAACGCAUCCGGCGAAUAAGUUUUUGGCUGAGUGGUUCGCCGUACGCGGCGGAGAGAAUCCCGGAGAUGGGUUGAGGUUGUGUUCACACGCUGGGUGUGGACGGCCGGAGACGAGGAAGCAUGAGUUUAGGAGGUGUUCGGUUUGUGGCGUUGUGAAUUAUUGCUCACGCGCUUGUCAAGCGUUAGAUUGGAAACUCCGGCAUAAGAUGGACUGUGCUCCGGUUGAACGGUGGAUAGAUGAAGGUGAAGGUGGUGAAGGUAACGUUCAGAUUGACGGAAAUGGUAACGGUGAUAAUGGUUUGCUUCCAAUGAGUUAACGGCAAUGUAACGGCUGCUUUGAAUAGUUAAAAAAAAAACUCGACGAGAGAUGAGGUAAAAAACCGGAAGCUAGUUUCGUUUUUUUGUCUUUUUUUUGCUAUUAGUGGAAAAGAUUAGGAUAAAAAACAAAAUUACUGUCGAGUAGAGUAAUUUUUGUAAUUCCAAUCGAUUGUAAAGAGGAAUUAUAUAAAUGAACGGCUUUUCUUUUAAUU